AUGUCGGCCAUCGACUGUGAGAAUGACCCCGGAUGGCGGUACCUGCGCCAGUCGCGCGAGGAAAUGCUCGCUGACCAAUCGCGGCCGUACGACUCGAAGAAGGACUGCUGGGUCCCCGAUGAGGACGAUGGCUUCGUCGCCGCCCAGAUCCAGAGCGCCAAGGGCGACAUGGUCACCGUCGUCACCAAGAGCCAGAGCGAGAAGACCCUGAAGAAGGAGCUCAUCCAGGAGAUGAACCCCCCGAAGUUCGAGAAGACCGAGGACAUGUCCAACUUGUCGUUCCUCAACGACGCCUCUGUACUUCACAAUCUCAGGGCUCGCUACGCUGCUAUGCUCAUCUACACGUACUCGGGACUGUUCUGCGUCGUCAUCAACCCGUACAAGCGUCUGCCCAUCUAUACCGAUUCAGUGGCCCGUCUCUACAUGUCGAAGAGAAAGACUGAGAUGCCCCCUCAUCUCUUCUCCGUCUCUGAUGAGGCCUACCGUAACAUGUUGAUCGACCACGAGAACCAGUCGAUGCUCAUCACCGGAGAAUCCGGAGCCGGCAAGACUGAGAACACCAAGAAGGUUAUCGCCUACUUCGCCGCCGUCGGCGCCAAGCAGAACGAGGCCGAGGGAAUCAAGUCUGACGACGGUGGCAAGAAGGCCACCCUUGAGGACCAGAUCGUACAGACGAACCCCGUCUUGGAGGCUUUCGGCAAUGCCAAGACUGUGAGGAACAACAACUCUUCCCGCUUCGGAAAGUUCAUCCGUAUCCACUUCUCCAAACUGGGCCGUGUCGCUUCUUGCGAUAUUGAGCACUACCUUCUCGAGAAGUCUCGUGUCAUCCGUCAAGCCCCAGGGGAGCGUUGCUACCACAUCUUCUACCAAAUCUACUCCAACUACAAGCCCGAGCUCAAGAAGGAGCUGCUUUUGGACCUGCCGAUCAAGGAUUACUGGUUCGUCGCCCAGGCCGAACUGACAGUCGACGGUAUCGAUGACGUCGAGGAAAUGCAGGCCACCGAUGAGGCAUUCACCAUCCUCAACUUUACCGACGAGGAGAAGAUGGACUGCUACCGCCUGAUGUCCGCCCAUAUGCACAUGGGCAACAUGAAGUUCAAGCAACGCCCUCGCGAAGAACAAGCCGAUGCCGAUGGCACCGACGAGGCCGAGAAGGCUGCGGCUAUGUACGGCAUUGACAUGGAGAAGUUCCUGAACGCCCUGAUGAAGCCCCGUGUCCGUGUCGGUACCGAAUGGGUGUCGAAGGGACAGAACUGCGAGCAGGUCAACUGGGCCAAGGGCGCCAUGGCCAAGGGGUUGUACAACCGCGUCUUCAACUGGAUCGUCAAGAAGUGCAAUGCCACCCUCGAUCAGCAAGGAGUUUCUCGAGACCAUUUCAUUGGUGUGCUCGACAUUGCCGGAUUCGAGAUCUUCGACAUGAACUCCUUCGAGCAGUUGUGGAUCAACUUUGUCAACGAGAAGCUGCAGCAGUUCUUCAACCACCACAUGUUCGUCCUCGAGCAGGAGGAGUACGCCAGGGAGGGCAUCCAAUGGACGUUCAUCGAUUUUGGACUUGAUUUGGAGGCCUGUAUCAAGCUUAUCGAGCAGCCGAUGGGCAUCAUCUCCAUGUUGGACGAAGAGUGCAUCGUCCCCAAGGCUACCGACCUGACCCUGGCCCAGAAGCUCGUGGAGCAGCAUCUCGGCAAGCACCCCAACUUCGAGAAGCCGAAACCGCCAAAGGGCAAACAGGCCGAGGCCCACUUUGCCAUGCGUCAUUAUGCUGGUACUGUACGGUACAAUGUGCUGAAUUGGCUGGAGAAGAACAAGGAUCCACUCAACGAUACUGUUGUCUCCACCUUCAAGCAGUCUACCGGAAACGCGCUUCUGGUUGAGAUCUGGCAGGACUACCAGACUCAGGAGGAGGCGGCCGAGGCUCAGAAGGCCGGAGGAGCCGGUGGUGGCAAGAAGAAGGGCAAGUCUGGCUCCAUGAUGACUGUGUCUAUGCUCUACCGCGAGUCGCUGAACAACUUGAUGACCAUGUUGAACAAGACUCAUCCGCACUUCAUUCGUUGUAUCAUCCCCAACGAGAAGAAGCAGUCCGGAGUGCUGGAUGCGGCCCUUGUCAUGAACCAACUGACUUGCAACGGUGUGCUCGAAGGAAUCCGUAUUUGCCGCAAGGGAUUCCCCAACAGAAUGAUGCACCCCGAUUUCGUCCAGCGAUACGCCAUCGUCGCUGCUGAACAGGCGAAGAGCAGCCCCGACCCCAGGAAGUGCGCUGAUGCCAUCAUGGGACGUCUCGUCAAUGAGGGACAUGUCACCAGCGAGAACUUCAACGUUGGAUUGACCAAGGUCUUCUUCAAAGCCGGUAUCCUUGCCGCUCUUGAAGACGUGCGUGACCUGAAGAUGAACACCAUCUUCACCGGAUUCCAGGCUGCCAUCCGCCAGUACCUCGGAGCGACCGACAAGAAGCGCCGCACCGAGCAGCGCACCGGUCUCCUCAUCAUCCAGCGCAACGUCAAAUCGUGGUGCGGCCUCCGCACCUGGGAGUGGUUCAAGCUGUACGGCAAGGUCAAGCCGAUGAUCUACGCCUCCAAGUUUGACGAGCAAAUCGAGGCCCUGGAGGCCCAGAUGAAGGAGCUCCAGGGCUCGAUCGAUAAGGAAAGCCAAGCCCGCCAAGGCUUCGAGACCCAGAAUGCUGCGAUCAUCGCCGAAAAGGAGGCGAUGCUCACCCAGCUCGAGCAGGCCAAGUCCGAUCUGUCGCAAAAUGAGCAGAAGCUGGCCCAGCUCGAGUCGGCCCAAUCGGAUGCUUCUCGACAACUUGCUGACCUCCAGGAUCGCCUCGCCGAGGCUGAGGAUGCCAAUUCCGAGGCUGUCAGCGGCAAGAAGAGGGUGGAGAACGAGCUAGGACAGCUGAGGAAGCAGAUCCAGGAUAUGCAGAUGUCCCUGAGGAAGGUUGAAGCUGAGAGGACCUCUAAGGACCAUCAGAUCCGCUCCCUCCACGAUGAGAUGCAGCAGCAGGAGGACACCAUCGCCAAGCUGACCAAGGAGAAGAAACAUCAAGAGGAGCAGCACCGCAAGUUGAUGGAGGAUCUGGCCUCCGAGGAGGACAAGGUCAACCACUCCAACAAGGUCAAGUCCAAGCUCGAAUCGACCCUCGAUGAGCUGGAAGAGGCUCUCGAGCGUGAGAAGAGGAACAAGGCCGAUGCCGAGAAGGAGAAGAGGAAGUUGGAUGGAGAGGUCAAGGUGCUGAAUGAAAAUAUCGACGAGGCCAGUCGCCAGAAGAACGAUCUGGACAACAACCUCAAGAGGAAGGAGCAAGAACUCCACAACGCCAACAACCGACUGGAGGACGAGAGCGCACUCGUCUCCAAGCUCCAGCGCCAGAUCAAGGAGCAACAGGCCCGAAUUCACGACCUCGAGGAGGAGGCCGAGAACGAGCGUGCGUCCCGUCAACGUGCCGACCGUGCCCGCUCCGAUAUGCAGUCCGAGAUCCAGGACCUGCAGUCGCGUGUAGAUGAACAGGGAGGGGCCACCGCCACCCAGGCCGAGAUGAACAAGAAGAGGGACGCUGAACUGGCCCAACUCCGUCGUGAAGUCGAGGAAGGGGCCGGACAGUUUGAGACGGCCAUGUCGGCACUGCGCAAGAGGAACAACGACGCUGUCACCGAAAUCUCGGAGCAGAUCGAGGCGCUGAAGAAGGCGAAGGCCAAGGCGGAGAAGGAGAAGGCUUCCGCUCAACGCGAUGCGGAGGGAGUUUCAUCUCAGUUGGAUCAGGAGACUUCUCAAAAGGUUCAGUACGAGAAGCUGGCCCGUUCCCUUGAGGAGCAGAUCUCGGAGUUGAUGUCUCGAGUAGAUGAUCAGGGACACCAGAUCCACGACUUCACCUCGCAAAAGAACAGGCUCAGCGGACAGAAUGGAGAUCUCGGCAGACAGCUCGAGGAUUUGCUGCAACAAAUCGACCAAGUGCAGCGUGUCAAGGCCCAGAUCGUGCUCCAGCUCGACGAGGCCAAGCGAGCCGCUGAUGAUGAGGCGAGGGAGCGGCAGAUGAUCAGCGCUCAAGCCCGGAACUAUCAGCACGACGCCGAGCAGAUGCGGUCGGCCAUGGAGGAGGCCACGGAGGAGAGGAAUGACGUGAACAGGCAGAUCUCGAAGGCCAACCAGGAGGCGCAGCAGUUGAAGUCGAGAUUUGAGGGCGAAGGCAUGCUUCUCGGCGACGAGAUCGAGGAGGCCAAGAGGAAGCAGGGCCAGAAGCUCACCGAGCUCCAGGACCAGAUCGCCACCGCCAACGCCAAGAUCCAGGCCCUUGACAAGCAGCGCGGACGGCUCACCGGAGAGUUGGAUGAUGCCCAGGUUGAAGCCGACCGCCAGCUCUCCUACGCGGCUUCCCUCGAGAAGAAGCAGAAGGACUUUGACGGUAUCGUUGGCGAUUGGAAGAAACGUGCCGACGACCUCGCCGCUGAGGUCGAUCGUGCUCAACGUGAGGCUCGUGGAGCUAUCACCGAGAUGCAACGCGCAAAGGCUGUCCAUGACGAAGCCACCGAUGUCAUCGACGGACUUCGCCGUGAGAACAAGGCCCUCGGAUCGGAGAUCAAGGAUCUGAGCGAUCAACUUGGUGAAGGAGGACGAUCUGUUCAUGAAAUGCAAAAGAUUAUUCGUCGCCUUGAGACUGAAAAAGAAGAACUUCAAAAGGGAUUGGAUGAGGCUGAGAAUGCACUUGAAGCCGAAGAAGCCAAGGUGAUGAGGGCUCAAGUGGAAGUAUCACAGAUUCGUGCCGAGAUCGAGAAGCGAAUCCAGGAGAAGGAGGCUGAAUUCGAGAGCACCAGGAAAAACCAUCAAAAGGCCCUGGAGAGCAUGACUGCUUCCAUUCAGACCGAGUCGCGGUCGAAGGCCGAGAUGUUGAAGUCGAAGAAGAAGCUCGAGGGAGACAUCAACGACCUUGAGAUUGCGCUCGACCACGCCAACAAGGCCAAUUCUGAUAUUCAGAAGAGCAUCAAGAAGGUCCAGGAGCAGAUCAGGGACUCGCAACUUCAGGUGGAAGACGAACAGCGCCAGCGCGACGAGCUCCGCGACCAGUUCUUCAACGCGAACAAGCGCGGGGAGAUGCUUCAGGGAGAGCGGGAUGACCUCAAGAGGCAGCUCAACGCCAACGAGGCUGACAGGCGACAAGCUGAGCAGGACGCAGCCUCGGCCCGCGAGGCUGCUAAUGACGCCCUGUCCCAGGUGACCUCUGCCAACUCGAUGAAGCGCAAGCUGGAGGGAGAGAUCCAGGCCAUCCAUUCGGACAUUGACGACACGAUGAAGGAGUUCAGGCAUGCGGACGAGAACGCGAAGCGUGCCAUCUCGGACGCCUCUCGCCUUGCCGAGGAGUUGAAGCAGCAACAGGAUGCCUCUCGCGCCGCAGAUUCCGCACGACAACACCUGGAGGGUCAGACCCGCGAGUUCAAGGUCCGACUCGACGAGGCCGAGGCCCUGGCGCUCAAGGGAGGAAAGAAGACGAUCGCCAAGCUGGAGCAGCGCAACCGCGAGCUCGAGGCCGAGCUCAACACCGAGCAGGCCAGGUAUCAGAAUGUUGUCAAGGAGGCCCAGCGGAACGAUAAGAGGGUCCGCGAGCUGCAGUUCCAGAUUGACGAGGACAAGAAGAACUUUGCCCGCCUCAACGACGUCGUCGAGAAGCUCAACAGCAAGAUCCGAGCCCAGAAGGGACAGAUCGAGGAUGCGGAAGAGCUCGCGAACGCGAACCUGCAGAAGCUGCGCGACAUCCAGGGCCAGCUCGACUCGGCCGAGGAGAGGGCCGACUCCGCCGAGCAGUCGUUGACCAAGCUGAGGUCGCGCUCGAGGACCGCUGUACCUGGGCUUCAGAAUGCAGUUUUCAAAACACGAUUCCAUUUUCACGAAUAUUUUCCAGGCAUCCGCCUCCGCCGCGGUGAUCGCCCGCUCGCGCUCCCGCAGCCGUCUCGACUAAAAAUUCACCGGGAAAUCGAGGAGAAGCGUCUCUUCUUCCGCGUCUACCGCCGCUUUGCC